AGCUUUGAAUGAGGGGCCAUCAUCCCGGCGGCUCGGAGGUGGAAAAUACAGUUUAAAGUGUCUCUGGAUGCGUUUUAAAAUGAACAAGCAGGCUCUGCUGACAGAUACCCAAGUGACCGUUCGGCGCCCGUUCACCUCCUCGUCGGGUUUUCUCGGAUGAACUCCUCUCGCUCCCUAAUUUCCAUCUGAUGUUUCCCAAGACUGACUAGAUAUUAAUUAAAAAAUACACACAUAUAUUCUGAAUAUAUAGUUCAAAAUCUCCAGUAGGAAUUCAGACAACAACAUAUCACCUGUAUCACCCUUUUCCCCCUCUCCCCUUUUCCCUUUACACCAGAUUAAGAGGGGCAUCAAAACACACUUAGGAUUCACAAACACACACGUUACAUACACAAACCACCAUGUCCUCCAUCCUUCCCUUCACUCCCCCUGUAGUGAAGCGUCUCCUGGGAUGGAAGAAGACUCCAGCGGGGAGCGGAGGAGCCGGAGGAGGCAUCGGAGGAGUGGGUGAGCAGAACGGGGGAGGACAGGAGGAGAAGUGGUGCGAGAAGGCCGUGAAGAGCUUGGUGAAGAAGCUGAAGAAGACCGGGCAGCUGGAUGAGCUGGAGAAAGCCAUCAGCACGCAGAACAGCAACACAAAGUGUGUCACUAUACCCAGUAAUUGCUCAGAUCUUUGGGGUCUGGGCUCAGGCCACACGAUAGAGCAGUGGGACUCUGCAGGCAUGUACGGAUACCAUGACCACAGCAGGUCGUUAGAUGGACGUCUCCAGGUGUCCCAUCGUAAGGGCCUGCCACACGUCAUCUACUGCCGCCUGUGGAGAUGGCCCGACCUCCACAGCCACCACGAGCUGAGGGCCAUCGACUCCUGCCAGUUCGCCUUCAACCUCAAAAAGGAUGAAGUGUGUGUCAAUCCCUACCACUACCAGAGAGUGGAGACGCCUGUGCUGCCUCCCGUGUUGGUGCCUCGUCACACAGAGAUUCUGACAGAGCUUCCUCCUCUAGAUGACUUUACAAACUCCAUCCCUGAAAACACCAACUUCCCUGCCGGCAUAGACCCUCCGAAUAACUAUAUACCAGAGACUCCUCCACCUGGCUACAUCAGUGAAGAUGGAGAGACCAGCGACCAACAGAUGAAUCAAAGUAUGGAAUCAGGCUCACCAGCAGAAAUGUCACCCAGCACCCUGUCACCUGUCAGUCAUGGCCUGGACCUUCAGCCGGUUACCUACAGUGAACCCGCUUUCUGGUGCUCGAUAGCCUACUAUGAGCUAAACCAGCGGGUGGGAGAGACGUUCCACGCCUCACAGCCAUCGCUGACGGUCGAUGGCUUCACCGACCCCUCCAACUCCGAACGCUUCUGUCUCGGGCUUCUCAGCAAUGUUAACAGGAACGCGACUGUUGAAAUGACAAGGAGACAUAUAGGUCGUGGUGUAAGGUUGUACUACAUUGGAGGGGAGGUGUUCGCCGAGUGCCUCAGUGACAGUGCCAUUUUUGUCCAGAGUCCCAACUGCAACCAGCGAUACGGCUGGCACCCUGCCACAGUCUGCAAGAUACCACCAGGCUGUAAUCUGAAGAUUUUUAACAACCAGGAGUUUGCUGCGCUGCUGGCCCAGUCAGUCAAUCAGGGGUUUGAGGCAGUCUACCAACUAACCAGGAUGUGCACCAUCAGAAUGAGUUUCGUCAAGGGCUGGGGGGCAGAGUACAGACGUCAGACAGUAACCAGCACUCCCUGUUGGAUCGAGCUGCAUCUCAACGGCCCCCUCCAGUGGUUGGAUAAGGUGCUGACCCAGAUGGGUUCACCAUCAGUGCGCUGCUCCAGUAUGUCCUAAACAGGGUUCUGCUGCUGCCCGCGCAAAUUCACAAACUGUCAUGUCACACAACAUUUGACCAGUAUGUCCUGAGGAAGACCAUGGUGCAGUCUUAAACUGAGGCACUAAUAUUAUCAUCAAGAAAAAAAAGGAUCACACGAAGGACCUGGAGGAUGGAGGAAUGACAUUGCUGAUGGACAGUGUUAACAAUGAUGUCAGUGUGGGCCUGACCACCUUCGGCUCUGUUGGAUUAAGAUGACAUUCCAGUAAUCAUGGACCUAGUAAUUGAAAUCACCCUGCAAUACCAAAUGUCGAGAGUGAUGUCAUAAUGGACCAGACUGCAUUCAUGUUUUUUUUGGUAUUUGACUGAGGCUCUGAUCCGACAGAGCUUCUCUGUCCUGCUUGAUGAUACGAGAGCGGCUGUUAUUGGGGAUUGCGUGCGAGACCUUCUGGCUACAGGGCAGUCUCUCCAACCGUGAGUCCACCUUACUGCUCCACUACCUACCUACUACAGCACAACUUUGAUUCAAGAUUUCUGUUUACACAAGGUUGACCAACAGUAGUACUGCCACUCCAGGCUCAACCAAAGUCAACUCCACGCCUGGAUAUGAUUUUCUUUCUUGGUUUUGGUGACCAAACUUCCGUUUUUAUCUUGAGGUUUUCUUGCUUUUCCCAGUUCCUGUGUCGUCGUGAUCACGGACAUGAUUACGCCGGAACGACAGUCUUCAGCUCUGAAAGGGGUGACCACUGGGAGACCAAGCUGAUGUCUAGAAUCAAUAUAACAUACCCUUUAGAUGCACACACACCUGUACACUGUAACACAGACAAACCUUCACUAUCUUUCACAUGAGGACAAAUAACUUCCUGUGUGUGUUUAACCGGUCCCAUUCAACCAUGAGUGUGUAGAGGGGUAGAUGUUCGCAUCAGAGCUGAAACAGCUGCUAACCAGCAUAGAUAACUGGAAUGAGUAAGCUAAGUAAAUCUCAGUGCAAGAGUGGAGGACACGUCCGUCUUCUUGAACUUCAUACAAACCACAAAAGCAGAAGUAGUUAACCACAGUUACCAGUUUGCCCCUUGUAGUUUUUGUGGGCCAACCAUUUGCACUGACUCUCUGUGUCCCCCCCCCCCCCCCCCCCCGCACGCUCUUACGCUCUCUCUUACACCCUCUUUAUUAACUUUUUACAAUUAUAUCAUCAUGCUUAUGAAGGAGAGUGUUGGACUUGGAGACGUGUAGGACUAGGACUCAGUAUAAUGCAGUUCAAGAAUCUAAGCCUCAGUGUCGCCCCCUGCUGUCUAAAAGAAAGAAAUACCAUCACUUACAUUUCACUGAUGCAGACAUUGAGCAAGUCUCUCUCAAUUAUAUGCUUGGACUGAUGCACGAUUUUCUCCAUUAUUGACAUUUUAUUGAUAGGAAGACAACUCCCGCAGUGUGGGACUUUGAAAAAAAAAACAAAAAAAAAACGGCUUCUAUACUGUUGUUGCACUGCCCCAAAUUAUGCACACUUGAUAUCGCUACAAGAAAGUUGCCUUUGAUGUAAAAUACAGCGAGAUAUGCUUUGAAAUGUACAUAUAGGAAUGUUGAAAAACCCAAGUGGUGUCACGGCAAUUACAAAAAAAAUCUUCCAUAUUUUUAAGAAUGUUCACUUUAAGAGUUUUUUUGCGUAUAUUGUCUAAAUUGGCUUAUUAAAGAUUGUUAAAUUCAGUUGAUUUUAAUAAAAUUCCUUUCCCCGAUCUAAAAGCCAGCCGGUACCUACGUUGGUACUGUAGAGUCCCAAAUCGUAAGUAUUUAAGCUUUAAGUAUUUGACAAGCUAGUUAUACGACACAGCUAUUUUCUUUACACAUUCUUUUAGCUACAUUUUUGUAUCGUGUAUUUUUUACAUAUGAAUAUAUUUAAAGAUCUUCAAAGCUUUCUUCCCUUUUAUUAGAAUUCAGUAUUUUUUUAGAAUAUGCCCUCGGCUUGAAACGACAGCUUGAUGAUGAGUUAUGAAGUAUGUAGCAUAGGAUGGAACAUUUUCACUGACUUUACCACAGUUUGGAUUUGGUGACCGAGAGGCCGAGCCAUCAUAAUUCCCAUUCUGUUUUCUUCUUGGCCAGUGAAUUUUGGAAUCUAUCAGCUGUUACAGCUGUUGAAAAAGGUAAUUUCUUGUCUAACUCUUAGGAUUUUUUUUUUCAGCCUAAAGGGUGUGACGUGAAUUAUGAUUGUGCUGUCCCAAAGACUGAAUGCAUGUAUUACAUUUUACAGUAUGCCCUGUACACUGCAGAUCCACUGUGUCAUAAACCUAAUUGCUGAUGAAAACCUAACAGCUUCAGUUUUCUGAUACCAAAUUUAUUGACUUAAUAUUUAAACUUGCCAGUUUACUUUUUGGGGUGUAGUUUGUUGCAAAUUUUUAGUCACAAAUCAAGCUCUCAUGGCAGCAUGGUGGUGCAGUGGGUUUGCAUGUUCUCCCCAUGUCAGCGUGGGUUUUCUCCAGGAGCUCCAGUUUCCUCUCACAGUCCAAAUACAUCCAGGUUAAUUGGCGACUCUAAAUUGGCCGUAGGUGUGUAGGUGUCUGGCGACCUGUCCAGGGUAUACCCCACCUCUUGCCCUUGAACAUGCGGUUCCAGAACUGAAUGAAUAAAUCAAGAUACCUGUUUAUCUAUCAGUAUGCCAUGGUCACUAGAAAAUAAUUCUGUUUAAAACUAAACAAAAUUCAGAUUUUUGGAGAUGUUAGGAUUUAAUUCAGCAGCUGAGCAAUGCAGUAUUAUUUUCCAGUAUCAAAGCAGAUGGUAUUCAGUCGGAAGGCUCUGACUUUGGAAGGUGAAUCUGUCUUACUUUAGCAACAUAGGACAUUCCAGUACGUGCUGCAAAAGCUGCUGCAGCUCCGCAGACGUUUGAUUCUCAUGACUCCUUAUAUGUGGUUGUAAACUGUCAAUUUACAGUGAGCGUGUUAACAUGCACACGAUAUGUCCCAUUCAACGCGUCUUUAUUCUCAAAUGUAUCCCUCAAGUCUCAUACUGUCACAUUCCAGAUCGCUUGUUUGACGUGUUUCAAACUUUGACAGAACCUGACUGGUCUUGACUUGUUGCUAAUUAAUGCCGGUGUGCAUGUAAACACGUUCACGUUUUUCUGUUUGAUUACUGCAACAUGUCGGGGAAAUGUUGGUUCAAAGAUUUAAAGAUUUAUUGUAGAAGACACAUUCUCACUCCAACCUCGUCAGGUAUCGACUUUUUGUCAUGGACUUUCCACGUCCACAUGCGAUGUGCAAGGUACCCUGGGUGUGUUGGUUGUUGGCAUUCUGGGACGCCGUGUCAAGUUCUGCCUGUUACAUGCAUUGUUUUCUUUCAAAAUACACUUCUAUUUUCACAGAAAAUUUACAGAUUACAUACAGUCUCUUUCAAAAAGAACACACUAUGUCGGUAAAACAUCGCAAAUUGAUGUUUUUUCCCUCCAACAACAGGCGCACGUGGUUGGGUUUAGGAAAAAAGAACUGAGUUUGGCUUUAUAAUCUCAUGGGAUGUCCACCACCAGUCCCACUCGCCCUUCUCGGACUUUCGCUGGCUUAAUUUAAGUUCUUAUCCCGCUGUGUUUCCCCCUGAUGCCGUCAAACUAUAAUGGCGACCGGCCGCGUAUCUUGCAGUGUUUGUUUGGCAAACAAACACCAACUUUCGGAAAAAAGAACAGGGUUUGGCUUUAUAAUCUAUGGGCUUUAUAAUCUAGGGGACGCGAACACCGCUCUCCUGGGUGAAUGUUGGUGUUUGUUGGGUCUGGGCACACAAACAUCGACUUUUGGAAAAAAGAACAAGGUGUGGCUUUAUAAUCUAUGGGACACUUUAUAAUCUAUGGGAUGCGAACAAUGCUCUCCUGGGUGAAAGUCAGUGUUUGUUGGACCCAUCCACCACCCCACCCACUCUCCCUACUCAGACUUUAACUGCCUUAACUUUAGUUCAUAUCCCGCAGCAUUUUUCUCUGACACGGCUAAGUGCCAUUAAACUAUAACAGUGAUCGGCCAUGUAUCAUGCCGAUGUUAAAAGACAGCUUUUUCGUCAGUGUCUGACGCCACAAGUCACUGCCCAAGCGCCAGAUUUUGACAACUUCGGAGUGAGACUGGGUUGUUGUAGAACACCAAAUGAUGGUUUAAUGAAGUUUAUCAUAUAAUAAGAAGAUAAGAAGUCCGUAAAUCCUGAUGUGUAAACAUACCGUCAGCAUCCUGCAGAAAUCAAGAUUUGAGGUUGAUUGACACUCGAUAGGUAACAUCUCCACCUCCAGGGUGGUGUACGUUAGCACUUGGACCAAACUGAAAGAUUCACACUUUUAAAAAAAAUCCUGUGGUUGGUUUGACUCUGCAAAUCAUAAGCAUACUUUUUUAGGGACUGUAUUUGCUUCAUUCAGCGAGCAUUGGGUCAAAUUUUUAUCACUUGUGACGAGCCAAACGCAGUGAUGUUCGUCUUUUUCUGUGUGUAUCUACCUGUCCACCCGUCUGUCCCGCCUUUUCGCUGGUCUUUUCUUUUUCAUUUAAUAGGGUAAAAAGUUGACUGGACUUUGCCAAGGUCAGUACACAGGACAUGAAAACAUAGUGUUACCUUUAAGGUUGUUGUAUCAUUGCUAACCCACGUUCGUUCUAUGCAGUGACAUCAAAUCGUUCGGAUUGAACACAUUCCUCGGUAGUGUAUUUUCUGAUGGCUAGACAUGCUGGUGUCUGCAUAUCGCCAGCGUCCAGCAACAGCCUUUGUAUCAACUUUAUUUUGUUUCUUUAAAUGAGUGCCACCCGACAUCGUACCCAGAAACCAACCAGCUGUUCUCACUCCUUGAGAAUUCUGUUUUAGGCAUGGAUGACGAGACCAAACGAGGUUUCAUGUAGGCGACAUUGACACAUUUCGAGGGUCCACAUUCCUAUUUACAGAUGACAUAUUGUAUUUUUUUUUCUUAUUGUGAUGACAAUUGUGUAUCCCCAAACAAGCCUCUUUCUGACGGACUCCUACGAAGGUGGCUUUUUGGAGACAGUGAAGUUUCUACAUGUCACUAGUGAUGUUAUUGUAUAGUUGUACUUUUAUUUUACCAUACAUGCUGUUCCUUUCUCUUGCUAUCGACGGAGCGUAUUCCAUUAGACGACAAAGCUGUUAGGAUUUCUGUCUUCUUCAAACACUGAUGACGAUCUUCAUAGGCUUUCCAACUAUUCUACAUAUACAGUCAACUUCUUACAGUGUACACUAAUAAAGCUGUUUUAA